AUGUCUCUCCCUGAGGUUGGGAGAAUAGCUUCUGAUACAGCUUUCUUAUUGAAAGUAAUUGAAGAAUAUCUAGGUGGACCACCAUGGACUCAGGAAUAUUCAAAAAAUGAUAUUAAAGUUUGGUCUAAAGGGUCAAAAAAUGAUCAGAUCAAGACUUUCAAGGCGACUGCACUUUUCAAAGGAGUUUCAGGAUCAGAAUUAUUUGACUGCAUUAUGGAUUCCGAGUACCGAAAGGAGUGGGAUAAGUCAAUGAUUGAAAGUUACGAACUGUGUCAAGUACACCCUCAAAGUGACAUAGGAUAUUACUCUCUUCGUUCGCCCCCAGGAUUAAAAAAUAGAGAUUUUGUUCUCCAGCGAACAUGGGAAAGGUUUGAUUCGUAUUAUGCAAUCGCCUGCCACUCUGUAUUUCAUAAGGGAAUCCCUGUUCGAAAACAGUGUAUCCGAGCAUUAACCCAUAUGAAUGCAUAUAUUAUUCGUCUACUUGGUACAAACUCCUGUGAAAUGACUUAUGUCACCAGCUGUGAUUUUCGUGGUAAACUACCCAUAUGGGUAAUUAACAAGGCUACACAGUUCAUGGCUCCUCGAGCAAUUCAAAUAUUAUACAAAGCAUGUACUAAAUAUAAUACUUGGAAAAAAUCAAAUAAUCCUGAUUAUAAACCAUGGUUAUAUCCUGGUCAAACUAAUCUACCAUUGUUAUGUUGGGAUGAUUUAGAUCAGACAGCUAAUUUAGGACCUACUGAUGAUGAUGGUGAUAUUACAUCAUUACCAUCUGAUGAAUCUGUUCUAUUGGAUAGAAAUGAUAGUUAUACUAGUCGAGAAGAACAAGGAGAUAUAGAAGAAGAAGUAGUAGAAUUUAAUUCAGUACCUGUUGAAGAUCAAAUACAAUCAUGUGUCACUGCAACUUCCAUUGCUACUGUAUCGGACUCUUAGAUAAAUUGAUUGUAUAGACAGUCAUUUCCUUGUUUGUUGAUUUGUUGGUAAUUGAAAAAAAAAAAAAACAGAAAAGAAAACCAUCUCAAUUGUUUGGGUGAUGAAUAGAUAGAUGCACAAAUUCAUUUUGAUAUAUGUAUAAUUUUAUAUAAUAGAUUGAACUUAUAUUAUACUACGGUCUACGGUUUUUAUGAUCACAUUUGUUUUAAUGAGAUAAUGAUUGAUGAUGAUGAUGAUGAUGAUGAAUGUUAACCAGUUACCAACUUUGUUUUAUUUUAUUUUCUUCAAAUUAAACAUGAUGAGGAGGGAAACAACGGUUGAUUUUUUUUUUCUCAGGGGGUUUGUUUGUUUAGGUGUAUAUCUUCUACCUAAUUGACAACAUACAUAUUGUACACACUAAUACUUCCUGUUGUAUAGAAAGAGAAUUGAUUUAUUUUUGUUUUUUUGUCUUUUUUUUUUGUAAAAAAUGUAAAAGAAAACAGUUUAUGAAUUACAUUUUGAAAAAUGCACAAUAUGUGUAUUACUUAUUUGUUGUUAGUAUUACAAGAACUGAGAGAGAGAGAGAGGGGGGGGGAAGUGAGGGAAAGGGAAAUUGUGGAAAAUAUAUAUAUCAAAACUAGACUUCUCUUUUCUUCACUUCUGUGCUCGUGACCUUUUUUCCCUGUGAACUUUGUAAUAAGUUGUGUAUGUGUGUGUGUGCGUGUGCGUGUGCGUGCAUAUCUUUCUGUGCCUAUAUUAUAAAUACUUCACGUAUUACUUACUUACGCCUAUUACUCCCAAUGGAGCAUAUGCCGCCGACCAGCAUUCUCCAACCCACUCUGUCCUGGGCCUUUAAAAAAAAAAAACAACUUAAACUUCACGUAUACUUGAUAUUAUUAUUUACAAACUAUAUUUUUGUAUGUUCUUUCAUUUGGGCAAAAUUCCUGUAAAAGAAUAUAUAUGUAUUUUCCCAAGAAAUAUCUUUUUUGUUUUUGGUCAUGAAUACGUUUUCAUUUGAUUGUAUGUUUUCUGUUUGUUCUUUCAACCUUUUGUAUAUUGUAUUUUAUGUUUGCCAACAAAAGUGAUUAAUCUAGUAAUUGGUACUUGUC